GCAGGGAGUGUGUAAAUUGUGGGGCUACCUCAACCCCUCUGUGGAGAAGAGACGGCACCGGGCACUAUUUGUGUAACGCCUGUGGACUCUAUCACAAAAUGAACGGGCAGAACCGGCCCCUGAUCAAACCCAAGAGAAGGCUGUCUGCAGCCAGGAGGGCGGGUACGUCCUGCGCGAACUGUCAGACCACCACUACCACCCUGUGGAGGAGAAAUGCCAACGGCGAUCCCGUCUGUAACGCCUGCGGGCUCUACUACAAGCUGCACAAUAUUAACAGACCCCUGACUAUGAAGAAAGAAGGAAUUCAGACCAGAAACCGAAAAAUGUCUAGCAAAUCCAAAAAGUGCAAAAAGGUCCAUGACAACCUUGAAGACUUUCCCAAGAGCAGCUCCUUUAACCCUGCUGCCCUCUCCAGACACAUGUCCUCCAUCAGCCACAUUUCACCUUUCAGUCACUCCAGCCACAUGCUGACUACACCGACACCGAUGCAUCCUCCAUCCAGCCUCUCCUUCGGACCUCACCAUCCUUCCAGUAUGGUCACUGCCAUGGGUUAGCGAGAGACUCCCCUGCUGAAUGCUUACGGUCUCAAAAUGAGAUUUACUUUAUAUACUUGCAUUUUUGCAGGCGUGUGGUUAUGGGUCUGACGUCCCGAAUCAAAUGGGAGGGGGAAAAAAGAAUUAAAAAAAAAAAAAAAAAAUGUUAUUUGAAGGCGUAAGAGAGAAAAAAAUUUUAAAAAAACCCAGAAAAAAACUACAAAAAGCACAAAAAA